CCCUCCACGCCUAGCUGCGCUUUCCGAAGCACCGAGCCGAAGGCAAGCGCACUCGAUCGCCAGGCGUGGGAGAGAUUAUACUUGUUUAAGGUUCGCCAGGCAAGGUCGAUGGAGGGAGAGAAGAAGGUGGCCGCCAUGGAGGAGGUGAAAGGGAAGGAGACGACGGCGGAGGCGGUGGCCGCCGACGUGAGCCUGAAGCAGCUGUCCAAGAAGCUCGAUGACUUCGCCAAGGAGAGGGACUGGGAGAAGCACCAUAGCCCGAGGAACCUCCUGCUUGCCAUGGUUGGUGAGGUCGGGGAGCUGUCGGAGCUGUUCAUGUGGAAAGGGGAGGUCCAGAAGGGUUUGCCGGGCUGGGAGGAGUCGGAGAAGGAACACCUCGGCGAGGAGCUCUCCGACGUGCUGCUCUACCUGAUCCGGCUCUCUGACAUGUGCGGCGUCGACCUUGGCGACGCGGCACUGAAGAAGAUUGUGAAGAACGCCGUCAAGUACCCGGCUCCGUCAAAGGGCGCCUGAUGCAACGCCUAAUGAUCUACAGACGCGCUGCUAGUUCUUAUGCGGGCUUGUUGUCGAGCGGAUCAUGCAUCGUAGCUUUAUGUAAUUCCUAGUGGACCGAUGUCGGGAAUUUUUCUCUUAUGAGAACUUCAGUUUGCGUGGUAUGCUGUUGAAACGUCUGUGAGUGAGACAGAACGGAAUUUUGCGAAAGAACAUUGUCUAGCAUGUGUGGAUUCUGUUUGCUGAGAUCAAACAGCACCAGAAACAAAAUAUAUGAAACCAUUUUGUUCA